AUGGAAUAUCUGGAUUUUUUUCCUACAGAUGAAGUAGAUCGCAAUAACUUGCAAAAGUGUCUGAUCAAAUUCCACGCCUUAGUUGGGCACAUUGAUUUUACCCACUUCGACGAGAACGAUGAUGAGAUGUGCAUAUUUAUGGCUAGAAGGGUUAUUCUAGCUAUUAUUGGUGCGAAGAUUUUUCUUGAUCCUAACACCUAUGAUGUUAGUUUGAAUUUGGUGAAGAACCUAGGAGACCUGAGCAAAGAAGGUCGAAAGAGCUGGGGUUUAGAAGCUCUUGCGUGUUUGUACAGAAACCUAUCUAAGGGGAGUAUGCCUUCAAAAAAGGGCAUUGAUGGGCCGUUGUUGUUGCUCCAGUAUUGUGCGUGGGAAAGAAUGCCACGGAUUACACCGCGUGUCACGACACGCAAAGAGGACAGACCGUAUGCUUAUCGCUCCUUUUUAGCAAACAGGUGGAAUGGAGACCACUCAAAUAUUGAGACACCAGGACACGUUCUUACUGUGUACCUGUCUUUUUUCCAUGCGCUCACGAAUGAGUAG